UGCAAAGAAUUCACUCUUCAUUCCGGGUACGAAGCGCUCCUGCAGCGUUUGCUGGAUGGAAGGAAAAUGUGCAAAGACGUGGAAGAUUUGAUCAAGCAGAGGGCCCAGGCUGAAGAACGCUACGGGAAGGAGCUGGUUCAGAUCGCCCGGAAAGCAGGAGGCCAAAGCGAAAUCAA